GCCGGUACUGGGCCUGCGGGGCGCCGCGGUACCUUUUGUGGGACAUGGCCCGCUGUGGGGAGGGGAGCGCGGCGCCCGUGGUACUUCUGAGGUCCCCUGGAGUUUGCAGGAAGGGCUUGCAAAGAAAGGGGCCUUGUGAGCGGCGCCGGCUGAAGGCGGUGAUAUCGGAGCAGCUCAGCCAGGAUCUGCUCAGGCUCCUAACGGAAGAAAUCCAUACAGAUGUUACUUUCUCUAUAGGUUGUACUUUGUUCAAAGCACACAAAGCAGUUCUUUUAGCAAGGGUUCCUGACUUCUAUUUUCAUACUAUUGAACAGUCAUCAGAUAAUUUAACAAAUGAUGAGCCUGUUGUUGUGGAGAACUUUGAAGCUUCAGAAUUUAGAAUGUUUUUACAGAUUGUAUAUUCCUCAGACAGGAACAUAAGAAACUAUGAAGAAGAAAUUCUUAGGAAAAAGAUAGUGGAGAGGGAAUUGCCACAAAAGAAAUGUGACUUCAGCUUUGGAAUCUGUACUGACAACGAUGAAAGAUCAUCUGUAGAGUUCUUUGGUAAAAAGUCAUUUGAUUGUUUUCUCCAGAAGCAUGAAGUUCCAGAGGAUAUCAGUGAUGGAGUGCACAAUUUAAUUUCUACCGGUAAUUAUGACUUCGAUCCUGCAUCUGAAUUAGGAGAAGAUUUAUUAAAACUUUAUGUGAAACAGUGUUGCCCAGAUAUUGAUAUUUAUGUUGAUGGAAAAACUUUUAAAGCUCACAGAGCCAUUUUAAGUGCCAGAUCCAGUUAUUUUGCUGCAAUGCUGAGUGGCUGUUGGGCUGAAAGCUCCCAGAAGUGUAUUACUCUUCAAGGUAUAAACCAUGUAGAAAUAAAUGUUAUGAUGCAUUUUAUAUAUGGAGGAACUUUGGACUUUCCAGACAAAGCUAAUGUUGGUCAGAUACUCAAUAUGGCUGAUAUGUAUGGACUAGAAGGAUUAAAAGAAGUCGCAAUCUAUAUUUUAAGAAGAGAUUACUGUAAUUUCUUUCAGAAGCCUAUUCCCAGAACGUUGGUGUCUGUAUUAGAAUGCCUGAUUAUUGCUCAUUCAAUUGGAGUGGACAGUCUUUUUGCUGAAUGCAUGAAGUGGGUUGUAAAGCAUUUUGCAAGGUUUUGGUCUGAGAGAAGUUUUGCAAAUGUGCCUUCUGAGAUUCAGAAAAGUUGUCUUAACAUGUUGAUUCAGUCUUUAAAUGAUAAGAAUGCUGCUUUUCUUCUGAUGGAAAGUGACAGGCUAAUCAUCAGUUUACCCAGAGUGAAGUGGACAGAAGCAGCCCUGACAAUGGCAUCUCAGCUUCAAGAAGAAUGUAUUGCAUUUAUUGUUGAAAACUUCUCCAAGAUCAUUCACAGUGAAAAUUUUGCUCUUCUCUUACAGUCACAAGCAAUGAGCAGCACAGCUGAUUUGUUGGACAAAAUUUUAAAAGCAAUUGAAGAAAACAUUACCACUGAGAAUAGCUGCUCUCUUCUUAUGGCUCUGGACACAUUACUGAACUCUGACAAUACAAAGGAAAUGGGUUUUACGUGCAAGAUCCAGGCUCUGCGUGAUAAGCUGUGGAUCUUCCUGGUUCAGUCUUUCUAUGCUGUUCGUCAUACAGAAAGCUGGAAGCUGAUGAGCACAGAUGAUCAACAGAAAAUCCAAGCAGCUGCAUUUGACAAAGGUGAUGAUCGAAGACUUGGCAAAAAGCCUGUAUUCAGUAGCUCUCAGCAAAGGAGACAAGCUUCUGACUCUGGUGUUAUAAAUAACAAACCUUGGAGAGGAAAUACCAAGAAGGAGUGUUGGAGUUAUCCCUCUUCUAAGCAAAAGAUGAAAUCUGAUGGAUUAGGAGCAUCUGGACAUUCAUCAAGUUCUAAUAGAAAUACUAUAAAUAAAACAUUGAAGCAUGAUAUAAAGGAAAAGGGUGGUACAAAAAUAGCACCUAAGGUUACAAAAGAACUUAAAACUGGGGGAAAAAGUGUUUCUGGAAAGCCCAAAGCUAUAAUAAAGUCCCAAACAGAAAACAGUGAUAAUGCAAAGUCAGCAAACAUGUUGCCCAGACAAGCUGUGGAAAGAUCAGCAGCAGUGGCAGCAAAUGGACAGAAAAAUUCAUUAAAUGGGAAAGGAGUAAGAAAUCAGGAAGGGCACAUUACAGGUGCCAGACCCAAGGUACUCACUGGAAACUUAAAUGCGCAAGCCAAAGCAAAGCCUCUGAAGAAAGUGACAGGAAAAGUUUCUCCAUGCCUCAGCAUCACAGGGCCCUCCAGCCGAUCAACAAAUUCAAGUAUGGAAUUACUGAUUUCCACUGAAUGUCUGGAUGAACCAAAAGAAAAUGGAUCAGUAGGAGAAGAGAAGUCUUCUAGUGAUAAACUGUCCUGUUGUGAAUCUCCAGGACAGUCCAUGAAAAACAGUGUGGAAAGUAUCAAAACUACUGUAGGUACUACAACUCAACAGAGAACAAAAAAUGCCUCAUCUAAUCUUUCUAAAACUCAAGGAUCUCAAGGAGAGUCACCAAAUUCAGUAAAAUCUUCAGUCUCUUCAAGGCAGUCUGAUGAAAAUGUGACAAAAUUGGACCAUAGUACAACUACAGAUAAACAAACACCUAAGAAAAAAAUUGUCAAGCAAGGACACACAUCUUUGCCUAAGGUUAAUGGAAAAAUAGUGGCAAUGUCUAAAAACUUAAAUCAAUCUAAGAAAGGUGAAGCUUUGAAUAAUAAAGAUGCAAAACAGAAAAUGGUUCCUGGACAGGUUAUAUUGAAAACUCAGCCUUCUUCUCAAAGACCUUUAAAAAGUGAAACAUGUGUUGUCCAAAACAUGCUUUAUGAUGUACAUGAUAGUAAUAACCAGGACAGUAUUUCUGAACAGAAGCCUCAUGAACCUCUAAUUAAUCUCACAUCAGAAAUCAGCAGUACAGAAGCCUUCCUGUCAUCAUGCAAACUUCAACCACAAAACCCAUUAAACUACCAAGGGAAAGUGAAAUUAGAAUGCCAGAGUAUGUCAAAUUUGGAUAAAUCAAAAUGUGAACUGGAAUCAAAACAGAUUUGGUCAGAUAAAAGUGAAACAAAAUUUUCCAGCAAAGAAACACAGCAGCAACACAAGACAGCUAAAAUACAUAGUCAUUCUGAUGGGAGUGAUAAUGUAGAUCCAAAAUUUUAUAGCACCAUUGUCCUAAAAUCCAUGAUUUCAAAUCCCAGUAAAAACUCCCUGAACUCUAAUCCAGUUUGUGAUUUAGACUCUGCAGAUGCAGAGCAAAUUCUUUCAGUAUCAGAUAGAGAGAAGCAAGUAGGGAGUAAAGAUACAAACAAAAAAUUAGACACUGAAUGCAACAAAGAUGUUUUACUGUGUGUUCCUCAAAGGACAAAUGGUACCUUAAAUUGUGUCCAACAUGACAAGAAAUCUAAAAUUCAUAUUCAAGAACAGACAGUUACUAGUCACUUGUCUGAUGACUCUGCUGUGAUUGAAAUCAGACAUUCUGCGGCAGACUCAGAUAUUUCCUCCAAGUGUGUUUUGGAACAAACAUCAGGAAAAACUUCUCCUAAGGAUACGGAAACAACAGAAACUCCAGAGAGCCAUGAAACUCCAGAAGUUCCAUUCAUGAGUCAUUGGAAUUUGAGUACCAGUGGUGUGCUUCAGAGAGAGAGUCCUGAAUCUGACACUGGCAGUGCUACCACAUCCUCUGAUGACAUAAAGCCCAGAUCUGAAGACUAUGAUGCUGGAGGAUCUCAGGAUGAUGACGGGUCAAAUGACAGAGGUGUUUCUAAAUGUGGCACAAUGCUGUGCCAUGAUUUUCUUGGAAGAAGUAGCAGUGAUACCAGUACUCCUGAAGAAUUAAAAAUAUAUGAUAGUAACUUAAGAAUUGAAGUGAAAAUGAAAAAGCAAAGUAGUAAUGAUCUUUUCCAGAUUAAUUCGACAAGUGAUGAUGAGAUUCCUAGGAAAAGACCAGAAAUUUGGCCUAGAUCUAUGGUAGUCCACCCUAGGGAAAAAGAAAAUAUUCUACGAGGCAGUGUCCAGUUUACUCAGGAAGUAGAUCAGGUUUCUUCCUCAGCAGAUGAAACAGAAGAUGAAAGAUCCGAAACUGAAAAUGUUGGAGAAAAUUUCUCUACAUCUAACUCAGCUCCUCAGCAGUUUCAGGGAAUAAUUAAUUUAGCUUUUGAAGAUGCAACAGAAAAUGAAAGUCAUGAGUUCUCUGCAACUAAAAAUUUUAAAAGAUCAGUUUUACUUUCAGUAGAUGAAUGUGAAGAACUAGGUUCUGAUGAAGGGGAAGCCCAUACUCCUUUUCAGCCUUCUGUAGAUUCUCAGUCACCUUCUGAUGUUUUUGAUGGUAUUUCUCAUGAACAUCAUGGAAGGACCUGCUAUUCCAGAUACUCAGAAGGAAAUGAAGGUAGUAUUUUAGAAUGUAAACGAGAUAAAGGCAAUAGUGUAUGUAAAAACGAAAGCUCUCAGUUGGGUCAUAGUAAUAUUGACUCAUCUAGAAGAGAUAAACAGAGUACUUCAGCCACAGGAAAAAAGUACACAGUAGAUGUCCUGUCCAAAGAAGGUAGACAACUUAUUCCAGAAGAUAAAAAGGUAAAUGGCAGAAGCAAUAUGGAUAAUGAUUUUCAGCAACGCAGCAAACUCUCAGAUAGUGAUAUAAAAUCUCAAGAAAGACCAUGUCAUUUGGAGCUUCAUCAAAGAGAACCCAAUUCUGACAUACCAAAGAACAGCUCUACAAAAUUUCUGGACUCCUGUCGGAGUCAACUUCUGCCUCAGGAAGGUCAAGUAAAAGAGAACCAUUCUACAGCUACCAAAAGAGCUAAUAUUGCUUUAUCUGCAGGAGACAUAGAUGAUUGUGACACACUGGCACAAACCUACAUGUAUGACCACCGGCCUUCAAAAACCCUCUCUCCAAUAUAUGAGAUGGAUGUAGUAGAAGCAUUUGAGCAGAAAAUGGAAUCAGAAACACAUGUUACAGACAUGGAUUUUGAAGAUGAUCAGCACUUUGCAGAACAAGAUUGGACACUAUUAAAGCAACUGCUGUCUGAACAGGAUUCAAACUUAAAUAUUACGAAUUCUGUUCCUGAAGACUUAAAUUUAGCACAGUAUCUAAUCAAUCAGACAUUACUUUUAGCACGAGACAGCUCAAAACCUCAGGGUAAAGCACAUGUUGACACUUUGAACAGAUGGAGUGAACUAACCUCUCCACUUGAUGAUUCCUCAGCAAGCAUCACCAUGGCUAGUUUUUCCUCUGAAGAUUGUUCACCCCAAGGGGAAUGGACAAUUCUAGAACUGGAAACUCAGCAUUAAGAGUAUUAACUUUGGGAAAUUUUUAACAAUGCACCCCUUUAUUUUUUGAUGCUUAUAUCCUAAUAAUAAUUGCAUUAGCCAGAGAUAGACUGUCCUUAAUAAUGAGGAGUCUUUCUAAUUUAUUGAGGUAAACCUAGUUUGCUUAUUAAUAUGAUAUCACAUAUAGAAAGAAAGGGUUUUCUAAAAAUUUUGAGCAUGUUUUAUUAAUUAUUAAUUAGCAGAUUUACAAACAAACCCUUCAGUUGUCCUUUCCUAACUGAUCAUUUGUUCACUUGUUUAUAAUUCAAGAAUUUAAAAUGUGAAUGCACAAGUAGAUCAAUCCCUAUACUUUUUGUUCUGCAUAUGGUAACAGUAAUUUAACAAUAAAAAACCUAUUGUGCUUGUGUCCAGUUUA